UUUUAUAAAAGUUUACAUCCUCAAUGGAGACCAAUAGUAGCAUAGAAGCAUCAACCAAGGCUGACACUAUAUACACUUUCAAUGACAACGAAGAGGAUAUGAAUAUAGAAGAAGUGGAAGUCGCCAUGGUUGACCAGGAGGAUCCUCAUGUUGAACUGGAGUAUAGACCUCUGAAGACGAACGAUAAUGGCAACACCUACGACGGUCAGUGGAAUAAAAUCACUGGCUUGCCCCAUGGAAAGGGAACGGCGACUUGUGCGAGUGGGGAAGAGUACGAGGGAGACUGGAAGAAUGAUAAACGAAAUGGCCGCGGAACUGAAACUUACCCACAGGAGACUCUUAUGAAGGAGAAUAUAAGAAUGAUAAAAAACAUGGAAAAGGAAAGUACACUUGGGCUAAUGGAGAAGUGCACAAGGAACGGCUUUGGGACAAUGUGGUGGCCAAAUGGAACCAAGUACGAGGGGUUCUGGGCAAAUGAUAAACCGAAUGGGAAGGGAACUUUUACUUGGGAGGAUGGAAGAAAGUUUGUGGGGCUUUGGAAGAAUGGGAAACAACAUGGCAGAGGAGUCGAAUAUGAUGUUGAUGGAAAUAAGACUAUCCAAAACUGGGAAAACGGUGAGUUAUUAUAA